AUGAACUCGAGAGAGUGUAUCCUGUGUUCGAAUCACCAUCCUCUAUAUUUGUGCGGAGUCUUCUCCAAACUAAGUAUCAACGACAAAGACAAAGAAGUUCGCCGUCAUCAGCUGUGCCGGAACUGUCUCCGCAAAGGCCACCGAGCAGAUGAUUGUCCCUCUUCCAGCACGUGUCGCAAGUGCCAUGGUCACCACCACACUCAGCUCUGCUCCAAUUCUUCGUCCACAUUUCCUAGCGCCAAUGUUCCAGAAUCAACACAACUAAUGAAAAUUCGAGCACAAUCAACGGAUAAUAAACCGCCGAUGUCAAUGUCAGCAGCCAUCGUUGAAACGUCUGUCAACGCUUCAUCAGGUCGUGGAGUGAAAAGCGUUGUUCUGGCAACAGCGAUUGUAUUGGUGGUUGACGACAAUGGUAUUGGACACCAUGCCAGAGCACUUUUGGAUUCCGGCAGUGAGUGCUGCUUUGCAACAGAGUCAUUCAUACGGCGGCUCAAAAUCCAACGUCAGAAAAUUAAUCUCCCGAUCGCUGGAAUAGGACAACGUUCGACACAUGUUCGCUUCAAAAUUGUUUCUACGGUGCGUUCUCUAGUAACCGAUUACUCUGCUCCGGUUGACUUCGUUAUCCUACCACGAGUGACUGUCGAUCUACCGUCUAAUUCAUUUGACGUUUCAUCUUGGAAAAUUCCUACCGGGAUCCAACUCGCGGACCCAUUGUUUCACCAAACUGCUCCCAUCGACAUCAUAUUAGGUGCCGAACUAUUCUUUGACCUGUUCAAAGCCUCUGGCAGAAUUCAGCUUGAUUCCAAUGGUCCACUGUUCGUGAACUCCGUCUUUGGCUGGAUCGUUUCCGGAAGAAAAUCGACUGGCCAAUCAUCAGCUCCAGCAUCGGUUAAUAUUGCCACCGUCGUAGAUCUUCAUCAGCAAAUGGAAAAAUUCUGGACUGUCGAGGAAGAUAGCGGCUCUGCAAACUACUCGGUGGAAGAAGCAGCAUGUGAAGAACACUUUCAACGCAACGUAUGUAGAAAUUCAGAAGGACGCUAUAUAGUUCGUCUACCAGUCAGAAACGACAUUCUCUCCAAGCUGGAAGACAAUCGUCGUACUGCUAUUCGCCGUUUUCGUCUUCUGGAAAACCGUCUGUGGCACAAUGAAAAUCUCCGGAAACAAUACUGCGACUUUCUGGAAGAAUACCGUGCCCUCGGACAUAUGCAUCGAGUGUACGACCAUGAGACAGCACCAUCUCCGUCCUAUCAUCUUCCACACCACUGCGUUGUUCGUGAUGACAGCUCUACAACAAAGUUACGCGUAGUCUUCGACGCGUCUUGUAAAACACCGUCCGGUCCCUCCCUAAACGACGCACUCAUGGUGGGUUCAGUCACCCAAGAGGACAUCAGGUCAAUCAUCAUGCGAUCCCGGAUUCGACCUAUAAUGAUAAUCGCUGACAUCAAACAGAUGUACCGACAGAUACUGGUGGACGAAAAGGAUAUUCCGCUUCAGAGAAUUGUGUGGCGAUUCUCCCCGGACGAUCCUCUCGAGACCUACGAAUUGAGGACGGUUACCUAUGGGACGGCUAGUGCUCCAUUUCUAACGACACGUGUCCUUCAACAAUUGGCCGAAGACGAGCUGUACGAGUAUCCACAAGCUGCGACGGUCCUGGAAAGGGAUUUCUAUGUGGACGACUUGUUCUCAGGCGCGGAUUCCGUGCAAGAAGCCAUCGCACUUCGGCAGCAGCUUGAGUUCCUUCUCAACAAGGGAGGAUUCCAACUCCGUAAAUGGGCUUCGAAUGAGCCAGCCGUAUUAGAGGAAGUUUCGUUGGACAACCGAGCUCUUCAGGCAUCCGUGGACUUCGAUCGAGAUUCAUGCAUCAAAACCCUAGGCUUACAUUGGGAACCAUCGACGGACAACCUGCGCUACAAGAUCGAACUGCCAAAUGUUUGCGAGGAGAGGCUUACCAAACGCAUAGCUCUCUCCCAGAUUGCCCGUCUAUUCGACCCUCUCGGCCUAGUGGGGCCGAUCGUUACCACCGCUAAGUUAUUUAUGCAGGCCUUAUGGACGCUUAAGGACAGUGACGACAAUGUUCUAGGCUGGGACCAAGAGCUCCCCCCACCGAUGAUCGAACAUUGGGCAUCGUAUCUCUCGCAACUCCUGCUACUAAACGAGCUUCGUAUUCCUCGUUACGUUUUAUUUCGUAAUCCAACAACGGUACAACUUCACAUCUUCUCCGACGCAUCGGAGCGCGCUUAUGGAACUUGCGCUUACCUCCGCUCGACGAACUCCGACGGAACCAUAAACGUAGCGCUUCUUACAGCCAAAUCGAAGGUAGCGCCAUUAAAGAAGCAAAGCAUACCACGACUCGAACUCUGCGGGGCACUGCUUGCGUCACAAUUGUACGAGAAAAUUACUGCGUCUCUUCAACUGUCAGCCGAAACAUUCUUUUGGGUCGAUUCGACGGUGGUACUCAGCUGGUUGAAUUCCACCCCAUCAACAUGGACAACUUUCGUGGCGAACCGACAACAGAACCCUGCAGACUGCAUCUCACGUGGGACAACAGCAGAGCUGCUAUUCCUGAAUGAACUUUGGUGGAGCGGACCCUUUUGGUUGCAACAACAUUCCAGCAGUUGGCCAAUCCAGCAGCACGACGAACUGGAACCUUCGGAUGCCCAACUAGAAAUCAGAAAAACACCAGUUGCCUCAGUUCCCGCCAUAGCCGAACCCACGUUCCUGGACUUAUUCGUGGAGAAAUUUUCCAGCUACGAUCGCAUGCUGCGUGUACUCGCUUAUUGUCAACGAUUUCGUCACAACUGUCUCGCCAGGCCACGUCCAAAAAGGUCUAGUCUCAGCUCUGAUGAAGUCUCCAAGGCCGAGAAAACGCUGAUCUCAUUAGUUCAACAACAAUGCUUCAACAGCGACUGGACUCAGCUUCAGCAGGGAAAACCCAUUUCCGCCAAAUCACCUCUACGAUGGUUUCAUCCUUUCCUAGCACCAGAUGGCCUGAUACAUAUUGGGGGCAGAUUGGAAAGAUCACAACAGCCUUUCGAAGUCAAACAUCCAAUUCUUCUACCGUCGUCUCAUCGCUUUUCCCUACUGUUGGUUCGAGGUUAUCACCACAAACAUCUUCACGCAGCUACACAACUAUUGCUCACCAUUAUUCGUCUCUGCUUCUGGAUCACAGGGGCCAGAAAGCUUGCGAAAGCUGUGGUUCACAACUGCACGAUUUGCUAUAGAGUUCGUCCAAAACACGUGGAGCAAUUUAUGUUCGAGCUUCCUGCAUCACGGGUCACCGUGGCGCGGCCAUUUUCCGUCUCAGGAGUGGACUACUGGGGUCCAAUUCUACUCAAGCCAGUCAGUCGAAAGGCAGCUCCACGAAAGGCUUACGUAGCUGUUUUUAUUUGCUUCAGCACAAAAGUAGUACAUCUGGAGCUCGUUCCUGAUUUCCAGGCACUGCGCAGGUUCGUCUCACAACGAGGAAUCUGCUCCGAAAUCCACAGCGACAACGGGAGAAAUUUUGUGGGCGCAGCAAACGAGCUUCGUCGUCUAUUCCGCAACGAGCAUCACCAGCAGGCAGUUGAACAAGAAUGCAUGAAGAAUGGAAUACGCUGGUGCUUCAAUCCUCCUAAGGCUUCUAACUUCGGGGGCUUGUGGGAGGCUGCUAUCGCUUCAGCACAGAAGCAUUUCUACCGUGUUCUCGGACCCAACAAACUAGCUGACGACGACAUGCAAACUCUACUCAAGCAGAUCGAGUGUUGCCUGAACUCUAGGCCACUCGUUCCUCUCAGCGACGACCUCACCGAUUUCCAACCACUCACUCCCGGACACUUUUUGAUUGGUUCUGCGAUGAAAGCAAUUCCGGACAUGGACCUCACGAAAAUUCCCUCCAAUCGACUUCGACACUGGGAGCACACGCAGAAACUUUUCCAACAUCUGUGGCAGCGAUGGCACAACGAAUAUCUUUCGACGCUUCAACCACGAUCGAAGUGGUGCAAUCCACCUGUAGUCAUCGAGAAAGGUCGCCUGGUGGUCAUAAAGGAUGAGAACACUCCUCCUGUGCACUGGCCGACAGGACGAAUCAUCGAACUGCACCCCGGAGCAGACGGGAUCACUCGAGUGGUAACUCUUCAAACACCCAGCGGAAAAUUUGUGCGGCCCGUAUCGAAGAUAUGCUUGCUACCCAUCGCGACAACACAACCAACAACACCAUCAGAAGAACCAACGAAGACAACAGAAUUAUAA